CUCCUGCAGGAGCUGUGUGACCUGAGAAGGUCUCCGGCCUUGUGCAAAAGUUGCACGGUGAGCGUGUCUGUGAACCUCCGCAAGCUGUCUUAUUGAAAAGCACAGCAGAGCCGCGAUGUUUAAGUGCAAGGCAGCGUGGAAUAAGCUGGCUCCGCUGGCCCGGGCCUCAUCCUCUUUGUGUCUGCAGAAUGCGCGGAAAUCAGUGCUGAGACAUGGAAGAAGGCUGGAUAUGGUUCAAAAAGCCCAGAUGUCAUCAGGGCCAACAGGAGGGGACAACACUCUGUAUUACGUCCUGGUUGGAGCAACAUUUCUGGGGGCGGGGGUUUAUACAUACCGCACUCUCUCAGGGGACAAAGAAAGAUAUAAGGAGCGUAUUAUAGAAAUUGCCAGUAGGCCUAAGCAAGAGCCACAAGCAGCUGAGGCUGUAGCUAAAGUUGUGGCAGAAUCAAAAGAAGAGCCUGUUGCUGAAGAACCUAUUCCAACAGAACCUUCAGUUGAAGAACCUCCAGUAAUAGAAGCUAUUGUGGAGUCUCCUGAAGCUGAACCUGUUGCAGAAGAACCCGUAACUGAACCCGUAGUGGAAGAACCUGUAACCGAACCCAUUGUAGAUGAUUCUAUUCCGGAACCCAUCGUAGAAGCUCCAGUAACGGAACCUGUUGAAGCCUCUGUAGCGGAAUCAGACAUUGAAGUCCCUGUAACGGAACCUGUUGAAGAAGCUCCAGCGGAAUCAAUCAUUGAAGUCCCUGUAGCGGAACCUGUUGAAGCCACUGUAGCGGAAUCGGUCAUUGAAGUCCCUGUAACGGAACCUGUUGAAGAAGCUCCAGUGGUUCUACAGAGUGAAGAGCCCUUAGCUCCUGUAGUUGAGAGUGAAAUCGAGCCCACACCUGUAAUCAUCGCUGAGCAUGUUCCAGAGGCUUCAUCUGUUUCUGAGAGUGCUGUAGAUCCUGAGCCAGCUUCAGUGCCCCUUGAACCCACUGCUGCUCAUUUAGAUGUCCCCGAACACGCUCCCUAUCUGCUGAUUGGUGGAGGCACAGCUUCAUUCGCUGCAGCUCGGUCCAUUCGGGCACGUGACCCUGGUGCCAGGGUCUUGAUUGUAACAGAGGAGUCUGAACAUCCCUACAUGAGACCCCCUCUCUCUAAAGAACUCUGGUUCUCGGAUGACCCCAAGGUCACUGAAACACUGCGCUUCAAACAAUGGAACGGCAAAGAGAGGAGUAUUUACUUCCAACCUCCCUCGUUCUACAUCAGUCCCGCGGAUCUUGCUAAAGUUGAGAAUGGGGGUGUGGCUGUGCUCACGGGCCGUAAGGUGGUACACAUGGAUGUCAGAGAAAACAAAGUCAAACUGAGUGAUGGUGCAGAGAUCUCCUAUGAAAAGUGCUUGAUUGCCACAGGUGGGGUGCCUAGGAACCUUCAAGUGAUUGAAAGGGGAACAGAGGAGGUGACGAAGAGGACAACCCUCUUUAGGAAAAUUGAAGAUUUUAGAUCUCUAGAGAAGAUCAGCAGAGAGGUGAAGUCCAUUACCAUCAUUGGCGGAGGUUUCCUCGGUAGCGAGCUUGCAUGUGCCAUGGGUCGCAGAUCUAUGGACCCUGGUUUAGAGGUGAUCCAGAUGUUCCCAGAGAAGGGUAACAUGGGAAAAGUACUGCCUGAAUACUUGAGUAACUGGACCACUGAGAAAGUUCGGAAAGAGGGUGUGAACGUUAUCCCAGAUGCUCUAGUGAAAAAUGUGAGCUACAAGAAUGACCAAUUGGAGAUCAAACUGAAGGAUGGUCGAGUGGUGAAGACGGACCACAUUGUGGCAGCUGUUGGUUUGGAGCCCAAUGUGGAACUUGCCAAAUCAGGCGGGCUGGAGGUGGACUCUGAUUUCGGAGGGUACCGUGUUAACGCUGAGCUCCAGGCUCGCUCCAAUAUCUGGGUGGCAGGGGAUGCUGCAUGUUUUUAUGACAUCAGACUGGGCCGCCGGCGCGUGGAGCACCAUGAUCACGCGGUGGUCAGCGGCAGACUGGCUGGAGAGAACAUGACUGGAGCCAACAAACCCUAUUGGCAUCAGUCUAUGUUCUGGAGUGAUCUAGGACAGAUGUUGGAUAUGAAGCCAUCGGUAUAG